UCCGAAAGGGAUAGUUUACGAAUGGACGGUUCAUGGUAAAUAUUAUUUAUAAAGGACAUGUGAUAAUAAGAUAUAAUAGUCAACAGAAAUGGAAUCCGACAAUUUACCAAUUGACAGAGGUUGGGCAUGGGUUAUUUUAUUUGCCGCUGUCACUACAAAUUUCUUGUACGUGGGGACCCUGAAGUCAUUCGGAAUAUUUUUUGUGGAAAUUCUUGCUGAGUUCCAAGAGAGUGUUUCGGUUACUUCACUGAUCAACGGUAUUCAGACUGCCAUGUAUUGCACAACAUCUCUUCCAGUAUUGUUAUUCUUCAUGAAUAAGAUUGGUACCCGUACACUUGUAUUUAUAGGAAGUUUAACUAUAUCUAUAGGAUACGGUAUAAGCAGUUUGGCUCCUAAUGUAGACUUUCUUUUCUUCUCCAUUAGUGUUGUUGUUGGAGUUGGGUCGUCGUUUUUGUUUGCCCCAUCUCUUGUGGUUAUUGGACAGUAUUUUGACAAACAUCGCGGAAUGGCUACUGGCCUUGCCAUGAGUGGAGGUUGUCUGGGUAGUCUUGUACUUCCGCCAUUUUACCAAUACCUUAUAGACACCUACGGACUCAGAGGUGCCCUUUUACUAACUUCCGGUUUACUAUUCAAUACAACUGCCAUGUCAGGCUUACUGCGUCCUUUAAAUUUUUACAAGAAACAAAAGAAAGAUUUAACUUUAGCUAAACCAACAGAAGUGAAAAAUGGAACGAAAUAUAUUUCGAUUAAUCGAUCAAAACAUGAAAACAACGCAAACGGAAAUAUCAUGAAUUCAAAUAUAGUUUCCUUGAAUGGCGAACAGUUUUCUGGUUCUCAUCCUGUACUUUCAAAAUCGUUUCCACAUGCAGAUCGUGCCAAAGCGAAAAUUGAACGUAUGAGGACAUUUUCUGAAACAAACAAACGUUUUGAUAAGUUUGAAGAAAUAUCAACUUCAAGAAUGUCACUUUCAAGUUUUUACAAAUACUUAAGUAUUGAUGAUAUAGCAAAUAUGUCCAUAGUUUCCGUAAAGGAGUUGAAAGGUGGACAAGAAGAAUUCGAUUCAAGUAGUACAGAAUCUCAGAAUGAAAAAUGCUGUAUAUUAGACUUGUCUGUGUUUAAAAAUCCAUCAUAUGUUUUAUUUUUAUUUGUGCACAUUCUAGCAACUUUAUCACCAGCGUUAGCGCCUUCUUUUUUGCCUGUUUUUCUAAAAGAGAAUGGAUUAAGUAAACAAGAAAUAGUUAUUAAUGUUGCCGUCGUUGGUGCCGCAGAUUUUGUAGGCAGAAUUCUUUGUGGAUACUUUGCUGACAAACCAUGGAUUAAGAUCUAUCAUAUUAUUAUGGUGACACAAGGAUUAGCUGGAUUAGUUAUUAACUGCAGUGGUCUGUUUAAAACAUUUUGGCCACUUGUUGCAUUCUCGGCUUUGUUUGGAAUAAGUGCAGGUGGAAUAUUUGGUGUAGUGGUCACAAUGAUCAUUUCCAUAAUUGGAAUGGAAAAUUUUAGAUCAGGAUAUGCAUUUUUAAUCAUAACUCAAGGCCCAGUCAUUGCCAUUUCCGCUCCAAUAUUUGGUUAUCUGAGAGAUGUUACCGGGAGUUACAAUGCAUCAUUCCAUUUCGUUGGUACUGCUUCAUUGCUUGCUGUUAUUCUGUCAUCUAUUGAAGUUUUUCUACGAAGAUGUAAACAGACAGAAAAGACCAACAGUUUAGACCUUAAUGAGGAAAAAGAAUCUCUUCAUCCUGAAAAUGACAUAUAA